AUGGUAAUGAUGAUGCGCCACGUGCUGUGUAUCCUCGCUCUCCUGCUCUCAUGUGCGUGUGUGCACGUCCUCGCUGAAGAAGUGCCUACCGCCGAUCUUUCCGACCAAGUCCCUGAUACGGAGAGUGAGACAAAGAUUCUUCUCCAAGGUACUCCUGUCGCCCAGUGCACUGCUGAUGGUGUUACUACUGGGUGCCCUCCUGGUGGUCCUGUUGCUGCUGCUGGUGAAGCUCCUGGUUCUCCGUGCCCCAAUGGUGGUGUUCCUGAAACUGGUUCCACGGGUAGUACUGGUGCUUGUACUUCCGUCUCACAACCAGCAACACUACAACCAGAUCGUAGUCGUGUCUCGCCGGCAAGAGAGGGAUCGGAACACACAGACGAUAGUGAUCCUGCACAUGAUAGCAGGGACCCUGUGGGAGGUCAUCCUGGUAAAAGAGGUAAGCCGGAUCCGAAGGGCCCAGAUGUAGAUGUGAAAGGGCCUAGGGUGGAUCCACAGGAGCAAAGGGUCGAAAAAGGACCUGUUGAAAGCCAUCAAGAAGAGAGAGUGUUGACUGAGAGGGAUAAUCACGCUGGACGAAGUCAGAGCCAUCAGCCACCAACUACUGAUCCUGAUCCAACUUCACGUUCUCAUGAUUCUCCUUCUUCAGCAGUUCUUCCUACUUCAUCACGUCCUGAAGGAACCACCAAAGGUGAUGAAUCAGUGUCUCAGCAGAUAACAAGUGGUGAUCGCUCACAGGGUAGCAGUGAUCAGGGAGACACAGAACAAGGUGACAACACACAGAACACGCACACAACAGGCCCAGAAAGUAAUGAUGGACAAGACUCUUCUGCUUCCAUAAAUCAACGUACAGGUGAUACUUCUUCCAGCAAUACAUCCACAGAUGAAGCGCAUAAUAAUCAGGCUGAAAGUGACCCUAAUGUUGCAACUCCUUCUGAGGGUGAAUCAACCAGUGAGGAAUCAACCACCACCACCACUACUACCACAACCACAACACUUCCUCCUGAGCUUUCAAACAGCAAAAAGGGUGAUGCAGACAGCAGCAGUAUCUGCAGUUCUGUGUGGGUGCGUGUGCCCCUAUUGAUUGUGGUUACACUGGCCUGUAUUCUUGUUUGCUGA